AUGGUCCAAAAACAAAGCGAUAAUGACUUGGAUGAAGAGCCUGUCCCUUCGCAUCAAAGGUUUUGUAGCCCGUCUUCGAACUGUACUUCGGCUUUGAGCGACUCUAGGGAGAGAAUAGUGACAGAAAUGGAGCGCAUGUUUGACAGCGAUGACUCUGAUAAAGAUCCCACUUAUAACCCGGAUCCAGGCUUUUUAGUACAACCAGAGGUUUUAUUUGGAGAACAAUGGGCGAAUAACAAGGUUGAGAAUUUAGAAAAUGUUGUGCGAUUCUAUGGAGACGAUCAUGACGAAGAAUUUCAACCUAAUGACGGUGACGUUAUGAUCGCACAGGUGUUGCCAACAUCUGAUGCACAACAAGUCGUAAUAUCUCUUUGGGGACUCUUAUUGAAGGGAGUAUUCGAUGCUACUCGGAAAAGGAAACGUUGGAUGAAACCAGAACCUGAAAAUUGGAAAGUAAAUAUCGCGAAGAAAAGACGAUCUGAAGAUUUACCUUAUUCAACGAGAAAAAAAGAUAGGAGUGCUAAAACACCAAAAGAGGUUGACUGUGAGAAAUGUUUCUAUAAGUGUAGUGUGAUCUCUCCAGAAGAAAGAAAUAAUUUAUGUCGUCACUACUGGAGUUUGAGGUAUACCGAGCAAAAGAAUUUCAUUCUCGGUAAUGUGGAAGUAGAUACUCCGAAGAGAAUUCUUGCUAUUCGUAGACCAAAGAAACAGCAUCAAUUCACAGAAAGAUGUUUCUUUUUUCACAACGGAGAGAAGAAGCAGGAAUACUGGGAAAAAGAUGGCCUGGUUGACGACGUACUGCAGCAACUUGUACUUGAUCUUGAGAGAGGAGAGGAGGAGAGGAGUCAUCCGACAGCGAGAUCGAAAGUGAAGAAGAAGACAGUUUAG